CGGCGGACUACCAACAAGGAGACAGCUCCUAGUAAAUGCAACUCGAGGCGAGCUGGAAACCAAAACGAGAGACAUAUUCAACUGUUAGCUCUUACAUUUAACUCGCUGGUAUUGCGCAUGAAGCAGUCUCCCUCUCGUUUCAGCCACAGGGACAGCGGUGAUGGAGGACGAGGAGAGGCAAAAGAAGCUGGAGGCCGGCAAAGCAAAGUUGGCUGAGUAUCGGCAGAGAAAAGCUCAAGCGGACUCCCAGAAGCAUCAGAAAAAGAAAAAGAAAAAGAAAGCGGCUGAGGAGUCUGAGGGGGAUUCUCAGGGAAGAGUGGAGGUCGAGCCGGAUCAGUCUGUGGGAGGAGAAGAAAUCUCAGGCCGAGGAUGGGAUGGAUCACAACAAGGGAAUGAAGACCCCCCCACUGCGGAGUUUACCUUCGCCAGGACGCUGCGGAGUGGAGAGACGGUCAAACAUAACCAGACCUACACCAUAGAGCCCGAGAGUGAAGUGUCCACGACCGCUGAAGAUUAUUCCUCAGAGGUGAAUGGAUGCCAUGAGGAGAUGACAGAGAACCUAAUGAUGCCUUCGAAGGAUUUUAUCUGGGAGGAGGUGGAGCCCCUGCAACAGGUGACAAAGGGAGGAACGAUGGAGGAGGAACUAGCCACCAAGACCCAGGCAGUGGAGGAGCUGAGUCGAGAGCUUGAAGAAAUCAGAGCUGCCUUUGGCACCGAGGGAAUACAGCAGCUUCAGGACUUUGAGGCGGCUCUGAAGCAGCGAGAUGGCAUCAUCACGCAACUUACAGCUAACCUUCAGCAGGCUCGUGAGGAGAAAGACGAGAUCAUGAAAGAAUUCCUGGAGCUGACGGAGCAAAGCCAAAAACUACAUAUUCAGUUCCAGCAGCUGCAGGCAGGCGAGACGCUGAGGAACACGAGCCACAGCAGCACAGCAGCUGAUCUUCUGCAGGCCAGGCAGCAGCUCAUGCAAUACCAGCCACAGCUGGAGGAGCUCCAGCACAAACUCAGUGAGAUGGAGACGUUGGGGAAAAGAUCCGAAGAAUCAUUCAUACAAAGAAUAAAUGAAAAGGACCUGCUUAUAGCUGAACAUGAAAAAGUUAUUAUGGGUCAUGAGCAGUCGCUGACAGAGUUAAGGACGGUGGAGAAGUCUUUUGCACAAACACUGAAAGAGAAAAACGAAUUAACUGCAAUAAUCACAGAACAGGAGCGGUCAUUGACCCUGCUCAAAGAGGAACUUAUUCAUGUGGCACGGACUACUGAUGACAAUAUUAUAGGCCCUUCAGAGAAAGACUUGAUCAUAGCAGAGCACGAGCGAGUAAUUUCAGAACGUGACUACUCUCUCACCCAGCUCGAGGAUGAGCUGGAAACCUCUGAAAAAAGCCUAAGUGACCUCCAACAACGAAUGGCCGCAAAAGAAGCAGAGCUUGAAAGCUGCAUGGAUGAGUUGGAAAACAGCAAGGCCGGCUUAGAUAGCUGUAAAAGUGAAAUGGAGAGAUGUAAAUUAGAAUGGGAGAAAGACCUGGUGGAGUUAGAAAGCUGUAGAAGCGAAAUAGGGAGAUGUAAAUUAGACUGGGAGAAAGACCGGGUGGAGUUAGAAAGCUGUAGAAGCGAAAUAGGGAGAUGUAAAUUAGACUGGGAGAAAGACCGGGUGGAGUUAGAAAGCUGUAAAAGUGAAAUGGAGAGAUGUAAAUUAGACUGGGAGAAAGACCGGGUGGAGUUAGAAAGCUGUAAAAGUGAAAUGGAGAGAUGUAAAUUAGACUGGGAGAAAGACCGGGUGGAGUUAGAAAGCUGUGCGGGUGAACUUACAACCUCCAGACAGAAAGAGCGAAUGUCAUCUAACGAAAUCAUGCAGCUCAUGGGCACAGUGGAGGAUCUGCAGAAGCGUAAUCACCAGGGCAGCCUCUCUGAGGGGGACACAAUCCAACAAAUGCAGGAAGAGAAUGCGAGGAACCUCGAAAUUUUCAGGGCGGAGCUGGAUGAGAUGUACGGCGAGCAAAUAGUCCAGAUGAAGCAGGCCAUUAAUUUGCAGCAUGAAUCGAAAGUGGAGCAAGUGGCAGAACAACAUCGCGCUGAGCUCAAGCUUCUGAAAUCUCAGCAGCUGUCUCAAAGCUCCACUGUUAGCAUUGAGGUGGACACACUCAAUGCUAACAUUAGGGAGCUUCAAGCGACAUUACAGCAAUCCCAAGCAAUGCAAGACAACUUCAGACAAGAGCUAAGCCAAGUCACCCAAGAGAAGUUCAACCUGCAGGCCAAGGUGGAGGAUCUCCUCCUAGAUCUAUGUUCUGCUAAAAAACAAGUGGAGCAGGUCUCCCACAGCCUUAUGUCUCAGGAAAGCCAUCAAGGUGAAUUGCAGCGCCUCCAGGAAAAAAUUGACAAUCUUAACAGCGAGCUGGAUGCUGCUCAGGAGGCGGCUCAGGAAGCAGAAAUAAAACAUGAAUCAGAAACGACCAAUUACAAAAUCAAGUUGGAGAUGCUGGAGAGAGAGAAAGAUGCAGUUCUGGACCGCAUGGCCGAGUCACAGGAGUCAGAGCUAGAGCGUCUGAGGACUCAGCUUCUGUUCAGCCACGAGGAGGAGCUCACCAUGCUUAGGGAGGAAUUGCAAAGGGAGGGCUUCCUAAACACGGAGAACCUUCUCAACGAAGCUGCUAUCAAACACGAGAAAGCACUGGAUGACCUGCGCAAGCGUUAUGAAGAGGAACUGCAUCUGUUACGAAAAGAGAGGUCAAGUUUUGCCACAGAGCGGGAUGAGCUUUUCCACCAAAUUCUCGGACUGAAGGAAGAUCUGAAGAUGGCUUUGCACAGCUCCAAAGCAGACGAGCUGGUCCAGCAGCUUCAGGAACUUCAGGUAGAGAUCGAGGAACUGAGGAAGGGAGGAGAAGAACGAGCUCGUAUGGGAAAUGAAAUUCAAUCAUUGCUAAAAAAAACAGAGGUGCUUGAAAACCAAACCAGGGAAAAGGAACGGUGUUGGGAAAACAAAUGGAAGGAUCAGGAAACGGAAAAAGAGACAUUGACGGAAUCAAAUCACACUUUGAAAGAAGAGUUGGACUCAAUAAAUCUGAAAAUUGAGACCCUCACUGCAGAGAAUAAUCAAAUACAGCAACAAGUGGUUCAGCUCACUGAGGAAAUUGAAAAACAGAGGACUACUUUCUCUUUUGCCGAGAAGAAUUUUGAGGUAAAUUAUCAGGAGCUGAAGGAAGAGUACACGUGUCUUAUUGAGGCGAAAACGCAGCUAGAAGAGAGGACCCUGAAGGAGACACUCGAAUUUGAGGCAAAAAUUUCCAGCCUUCAGUCGCAGAUUGGGGAGCUGAAGGAGAGCUGCAGCAAAAUGGACGACGUGAAUACAGAGAGACAGGAACAAGCUGUAACAGAAAAAGAUACUACUGAGUUAAUGGAGAAGCUUAAUAUUACUUUAAGUGAGAAGGAGAGCCUGGCUGCAAGGCUUUCCGAAGUUACAGAAAAACUGAUGUGUACAGAGUCUGAAGUGGCUCAGCUAGAGAAAGAUCUGCUCAAAUUGAGACAAGAAAAUGUGAAGGUCAUCACGCAGCGUGAAAACCUGGGGAAAGAGCUGGAAAAGAAAAAGGAAAUUAUAAGAAAGCAAACAAGGGGGAAGGACGCUCAGGGAAAAGCUAAGCUCCAGCGAGAAGGACAAGCUGCUGAGACAGUGUCUUCUGAGGAACAUCACCUUAAGAUUCAAUCUAUGCAAGAAGAGAUAAAAGCUCUUCAGUCUCUCUUACAGGCAGCUGAAUCCGAGAGAGACAGCUUCAAACAGACCUUUGAGAUCCAGAACCUUUCACCGGCUCCUUCUCCAGCAGCGGUUAAACCAGUAGAGGAGGGACCUGCUGAAGGACCAUCCUUGCCACCCAAGCCCACAGCCUCAGGGUCAAACAGGCGCAAGAGACGGCAGAGGUCGAAGCAGGAGCUCAAACUGGGAACCGCUAUAGCAGACUGCAGAGAAGAAAAGCAAAGGGAGGGGGAGGAGGAGGCAGUGUUGGAGGAAGAGGGAGCAACAAGUGCUGCAGAGCAGGAGAUGCAGCCUCAGAUGGAGAGCCAGGUUUUGCCAUGUUCACGAGAGAGGGCCGGUAAAGAGGACUCCACUGACGGACAUCAGGGAGACGGAGGCACCAAACGGGUGAGCAGACAUGGAACGGGUCAGCACACGGAGCCUGAUGCCUGUCAGGGAGCAGAGGAAGAAAAAGAGACCACUGAGCAUGGUGAGUGCCGGCUGCAGAUGGAGGCCCAGCGCCUCAGCCUGUCUCAGAUCCACGCCGCACAGAUCGAGCUGCAGCAGGAGGAUUCAGAGCACCGCACACACACACUGGAGCUGAAACUGCAGCACCUGAAAGAUGAUGGAGACCAGGAUAAGCCACAGAUCUUUAAUUACCACUACAUGUUACAAGCUGUGUCACAAGAAUGCAGUGAGAUCAUUCAGAGUUUUGGGAAGAUGUUUGGUGAAGAGUUCUUGGAGGGUGUUGCCACAGAAAGCCGGAUGCCAUCUACAGUGGAAAGACCGGAGACUAGUGAAUCCACCUCCAUUGUUCAGGAGGCCAGAGAGCUCUACAGAGGUCUUCAACAGGUGAGGGAAAGGAUUGAGCAGGAGCAUCAUCGACUGGCACAGCUCCAGGCUCAGCUCAGAGCUGAAGGGAACAAGAUGACUGGGCUGCAAGGGGCAUACAAUGAACUGAAGAGCAGCAGCGAGAAGGAGAUCUCUGACUUGCGUGGGCAAGUUUCCAGCUCAAGCCCCUCCACAAACAAAGAUCUGGAGGAGCGAGCUGGUGCUGCAUCGACCUCCCUCACAAAGGAAGUGCAGAGGUUGAAGGCCGAGGAGCAGCAGAAGCAGCUCCAGCUGGAGGAGAGUCACCGACAAGAGCUGGAGCGCCUCCGAGCUCACUACCAGCAGCAGGCCGCGGAGAGCGAGGAGCGCUACGCCACCGAGCUCUUCAUGCUGCAGCAGCGCCUGCAGGAGGUCACCGGCACGCAGACACACCUCAGUGCUCCAGACUCCAGCUGUGAGGGGAUGGAGGAGCACGGAGAUGAACUAAAGGACCUGUGUGGGGAGGAACUGUCGGAGGGAGGUGUGGAGCUGCGCUGGCCUGUCAGGUCUGCAGGCCUGACAGCACAGCUGCAGGCGCUGAGGAGAGCUCUCUACCACAAGUAUGUCCAAGAAGUAGCAGCUCUCAAAGAGCAGCACAACAGAGAGCUGAAGAGACUGAGAGAAGAAAAAGAUAAGGAGAGGAAAACCGAGGCGAGAGGAGGGAGCGAUUUCAAUGGUAUAAACGGAGCUGGGAGCUCCAGUGAGAGCCUCGGGCCGGCCGGGCUGGAAGACCGACAACACUGGGAGAGAGUGGAGGAGGAAGUAGCCAAGGCCAUAGUUCAGAUGUCUGUGGAGUUUGCACAGAAGAUUGAGCUGGCUCGAAUCAACAAGCGUGCCUGCCAGAGGAGUGCCUCCAUGCAGACGCAGUCCGCUACAGAGGAGAUGGAGGACACCGAGGAGCAGGUGACGGCCAGAGCUCCUCUCACCCCGGGCGCCUGGCUGGAGGAAGUGGAGAAGGAGAAGCUGGAGAGAGAGCUGGAGGAGAGGAAUGCAGAGAUCAGAAAAUUAAAGGAGGAGCUGCGGAAAACUGAGUCAGCAGCUGAGCAGGCCCUAAAAAAGAAAGAGGACGGUCAAGAACAAACUGAGGAAAAGGAAGAUUCAGGCGUGCCGGGAGUGAAGCAGGCUGCUGUAGGCACACUGUCCUCAGAGGAUGAUGCAGAGUCCACUGAAAGAAACGUCCUGCGUAAGGCCAACGAGAAACUCUGUCAGGUGCUGGUUGACGUCCUGAAGACUACGGCAGCAGCAGAGGAAACUAUGAGCCUCCACAUGCAGAGUCUGCAUGAGGCUUCCAGCGGAGGGCAGCAGGCUGCACCCCCCCUCUCCACCGCACAGAGAGAGACCUGGCAGAGAGUUAACACUGAGCCUGUCAGACCGUAUGCUGCAGAAAGUUGCCAGGAGAGCGGGACUGCGUCAGUCGGUGUGACUGUGUGGUCCGGUGAUGCGGAGGCUGAGGAGGGUCUGGAGGUGUCUCAGCAGAUGAUGGAAAGCCUGCUGCUGGGGGCCGGGACUCAGCUGGAGAACGAGGAGUGUCUGAUGGGCAUCAGCAGCCGACUGCAGACGGCUCUGGAGAAGAUGUUGAUGGCCAUCACCGACACUACCAACGAGCUUGAGCAUGCCCGGAUGACCCAGACUGAGCUGAUGCGGGAGUCCUUCCGCCACAACCAGGAGAUGAACGAGCUGCUGCAGAAGCAGGAGGAGCUGCAGGAGCGGUUAGCAGAGGAGGCCCGGGCACGUGAGCAGCUGGCUCUGGAACUCCACCACGCUGAGGGUCUGAUUGAUGGCUACACGGGAGAACGAGCUGCAUCUGAGGAGCAAUUGCGUCAGAAGGAAGAGCUCCAGCUGAGCCUCGAGCAAGAGCUGCAGGUGACAGCUAGCCGGCUGCAGGAGUUGGAGCAGGAGAGGCUUCAGAUGCAGGAGGAGCGGGAGCUGAUGUCACGGCAACAAGACGCCAUGAGGGAGGAUGCCGGGCCCCGCGAGCUUCGCCUAGUUGAAGCUGCAAUGGUUGCAGCACCUGAAGCAGACCUUCUGGAGGAGACAGAGAAACUGAUGAAGGAGAAGGUGGAAGUCCAGCGGCAGGCGGAGAAGGAGAACACCGACCUCCUGAAGCAGGUGAAGCUGCUGGAGGCGGAGCUGGAGGAGCAGACGAACAGGGUCAUCGAGCUGGAGAACACUCAGAGCUCAGAGAGCGGAGACCUCCAACAGCAGGUUCAGGCUCUGGAGAAACAGCUGGACAAGAACAGGAGGUUCCUCGAUGAACAAGCCGUGGACCGAGAACACGAGAGAGACUUCUUCCAGCAGGAGAUCCAGAAACUUGAACACCAGCUGAAGAAUCCGCAGAAACUUCAGGCCGGAUCGGACCAGAGAAACCGAGAGGUGGAGCAUCUGACCUCCCAGCUGAAGGAAAAGGCGGAUUGGUGCAGUGAGCUGCUGCUCAGCUCAGAGCAGCUGAAUCGUGAGUUGGGAGAGCGCAACGAAGAGAUUGACAAGCUGGAGAGCCGCAUCCGCGAGCUGGAGCAGGCCCUGCUGGCCAGCGCUGACUCCCUGGAGAAGGUUGAACAAAAGAAGCAGCAUGCAUCCAUCACAGAGGCGAAACAAACCACACUGGAGGCUCAGUUACAGACGGAAAGAGAAGCUCUGGAGCGGAAAGAGAAAGAGAUCUGUAACCUGGAGGAGCAGCUGGAGCAGUUCAGAGAGGAGCUGGAGAACAAGAGCGAGGAAGUGCAGCAGCUUCAGAUGCAGCUGGAGAUCCAGAGGAAGGAGCUCAGUAGCCAGCAGCAAUACCUAGAAACAAGGGAGAGCAUGCUCCAGGUGAUGGAGAACAAGGACAGGGAAAUAGCACUUCUUAAUGAACAGAUCACUAAGCUGCAACACAUGGAAACAGCCUCUGAUAACAAGGAAAUAGAUGAGAGGGACGAGCUGAUUAAAGACCAGGAGUCCCAGGUGCAGUGCUUGCGAAGCGAACAAGAACACUUGAAGAGGAAUAAUGAGGAGGAGAUCGAGCAACUGAAUGCCGUCAUAGAGAGACUGCAGCAGGAGCUGGCCAAUAUCGAGCAGAAGCAGGCUGCAGAGGAGGAAGAGGACACCAAGGCUGAGCCGGAGAGCAUCACACAGGGGCCGAGUAAAGAGGAAUACGAUGAAAUGAAACAGAGAAUGGACCUGGCCACCAAAGAGGUCAACACACUCAAAUCAGAGCAUAGUAAGCUGUUCGAAACAUACCUCCGUUUGAAAGAGACUACAGAAGCUUUAGCUGAAACGGAAAAGCUUGAUAGCUCAGAGGGCGAACUGGAAGAAGCUUUGAGAGAGAAAACUGCAGGAUUUGUAGUCAUGCAGGCCCAGGUAUACGCUUUAGAGCAGAGUGCUACAUCCAGAGUGGAGGAGCUGGACCGCCGUAUACAGGAGCUGCAGGUCCUGGUCGAUGAAAAGGACGAUGAGUUGAGCAACUGCCGCCUUCUCUUGGAGCAAACACAAAGCCAUGCGGAUGGUCUCCAGCAGAGGGUCUCUAAUCUGGAGGAUGGUCUGAGGGAGAAACUGGCUUCAGUGCUCGACACGCAGGCUUCACUGCAAAAACAGUCGCAGGGAUCCCAAGAAAAGCAGGAGAAGCAGAAGCAUGCUGAGGUGAAGGCAGACGUGGAGCCACACGUCUAUGACUUUGGUGACUUCGGUAUUCCCAAAAUGGAUUUCAGUGGACUAAGUCAGGCGAGACAAGCUCCCACAGGGAAAGUAGUCCACCUCACCCAGAGGCUUCGGGAGCUGGAGGUGGGACUCAGCGGGAUGCAGAAAGACCAGGAGCUCCAGAAGCAGCUGCUCUCCAGCUCCGAGGAGGAGGUGCUGGAGUAUGAGCGGAGGCUGGCCGUGCUCAUGGAUCUGCUCAGCCAGAUGAAGACCAAGACGCCUCAGAGGAUGUCACUGGCUGUGAAGGCUUCCUCUGCUGAUGAGCAGCCGGCUGCUGUGUCGGAGCUUCUUCUGGAGCUGCAGGAGGUCAGAGACGAGGCUUCGGCCACCAAAGAGCAGCUGAGCAGCUACAAGGAGAGCUGCAGCAGACUCCAGGAGGAGCUCAGAGACAAAACGGUUGCAAUGGAAGGACUGCAGAACCAACUACAAAAGGUAUCAUCGGGAAGCUGUGAGGAGACAAAGGGCUCUGAUCUUCAUCAGGAGUUGAUAGUUGCUCAAAAUGAGGCAGCUGCCACCAAAGAGGAGCUGAACAGCAGCAGGGAGAGUUUGGAGAAGCUGCAGGAGCUGCUGCAGGAACGUGAAAUGACCAUCGCUCAACUUAAAGGAGAACUUUUUGAAUUACAAGCAGAUCAAGAACGAGCCGACAUGACGGAGCUUCUCCAGGAGGUCAGAGACGAUGCGGCUUCCACCAAAGAAGAACUCAGCAGAUACAGGCAGCAUAAUGAGAACCUUCAGGAGGAACUACAAGUUUGUGAAGUUUCUAUUUCUAAACUCAAAGAGGAGCUCGAGGGGCUUCGAACAAAUGUGGAUACCACCAAAGAAGAACUCGGCAGAUACAGGCAGCAUAAUGAAAACCUUCAGGAGGAACUACAAGUCCGUGAAGUUUCUAUUUCUAAACUGAAAGAGGAGCUCCAAGAGGUUCGAACAGCCUUGAUGAAGACGGCACACUCUGGUCCUCCUUCUUCCUCUCCCUCUCCAUCUCCCUCUCCGUCUCCUCAACCUGCGUCCUCUGCUUCCUCCUCCUCCACCACACAGCCCAAGAGGAAAGGAGGCAAACAGCCGGCUGGUAGGGGAAGCAGCGCCAAAGAGAAAAUGUCUCUGUCCAGGAAGAACUCAGCCCCUUCCAGCCAGCAGCCCUCCAACAAGUCUCACAGCGCUCGUCUAAACAGCAGUUCUGAGCAGCAUCAAGCGGAGGUCAGUCACUCGUUCACACAGACCGAACCUCUCCAAAUGUCUGACCUCAGCCCGGACAUUGAGUCUGCGACCAAAGAGGAGAUUGAGGAGGUGAUUGGAGACUUCCAGGACAAGAUUGGACAGAUGCAGGAACUCCAUGCGGCGGAGAUCCUAGACAUGGAGGCUAGGCAUAUUUCAGAGAGCGACGGCCUCCGCAGGGACACGCAGGCUCUGGAGGACGAGUGCAAGGCCCUGAAGGCCGUCAUCGACAAGCUACGCUCCACAGAGGCCCCAACAUCAAGACAAGACCGUCCAACGUCACAAUUCAAAGAUGGCUACACGAGUGACAGCAGCUCGGAUUACAGCCAGCGGACUGGAUUUGAAUUCCCGGUCCUGCAGCAGGAGUUCAGGACGACUCCUGAGGGUGCCAGGAGAGAAACUGAUGAUCAUCUGCCGGACCGGAUUAAGACAUUGCUCCGCGAGGUGCACCAGGAGGGCAUGCAGGUGCUCUCUCUGUCGGAGCUCCCUGUCACCGAGGGCGACCCGGACGGCCAGUUCAGCACCCCGAGCUGGGUGAAGGAACGAGACGCCUUACUGGCCACUGUGGAGUCUCUGAAAGGACUCAUCACCCAGAUGCAGACACACAGAGAAACACAGACCUCCGGCGGUACAGACUGGCAUGUGGAGCUGCUGGAUGCGGUGCAGAAAGUGUUUGUGAGGGAGCGCAGCGUGCUGAAGUGCGCCCUCUACAGCCAGCUGGACCUGCUGGACACCAGUGACGCCAUCAUCCACCUCAACCAGCUGGAGCGCAGACUAGCUGAACAGGACAACAUGCACAGAGAGGCGAUGGGUUCUCUCCACACUGCGGACAGGUCCAGCCUCAUCUCCGAGAUUCAUCAGCUCCGUCUUCAGCUAGAGCAACUCCAUCAAGGUGCCCAGCCUGCACUCUCUUUGGGUGGUGAGCGCGGCGUGAAGGAGCAGAGGGAGGGAGGAGGAGCUGAUGGAUCAGCAGAGGCCAACCGGCUGCUGGUCGAGGAGCUGAAGACUGAACUCUCCCAGACUAAACUGGAGAUGGAGACAACGUUAAAGGCUCAGCACAAACACCUCAGAGAGCUAGACACACUCAGGGCCGAGGUAUCGCAGAAGGCUGUUGAGUUUGAAGCACUGAGCGACCAACUGACAGAGGAGAGGAAGAGGAGCAGAGACGUUCAGUGGGCCAUGGAGAAGGAGAGGUGUCGAACGGGGAUGGACGAGGAGAGUAAACGAGAAGAACUGGAGGACCUGCAGCUCGCCCUGGGGGAGCAGAAAAGCUGCGUGGCUCAGCUGACCCUGACCCUGGAGCAGGAGUGCCAGGCCUCCUCUCGGCUCUCCCAGCAGGGGGAACAGGAGCGCCUCAGCCUCCAAAGAAGCCUCCAGGAGCUCCAGGUUCAGCUGGAGACGGAGCGAGCCAAAGCCCUGGAGAUGAGCACUGCGCUGGGGAGGGAGCGGGAGCUGAGGGCGGUCGUCUCCACUGAUGGAGCAACCACCAGUGGGCAGCGGGUGGACGACAGUAAGCGGGGUCUCAGCGAGGAAGGGAGUCUGUUGGAAAGACUGCAGAGAGAGCUGGACGACAAACAUGCAAAGGUGGUGCACCUUCUCAGUCAGGUGGAGGCCCAGAAGCUUGAGGUGGUACGAAAAGAGGAGGAACUGAAUUUGGGGAGUCAGAGGUCGAGACGGGAUCAGGAGGCGCUGCUAGAGGCUCGGGCCCAGCUGGAGAGGUUGCAAGCUCGGAUGUCUGAAACCCAGGAGCAACUGGAGGGAGAGACAGAGAGGAGGAAGAGUCUAGAAGAGGAGAAGGAGAAACUGGAGGAGAGGUUACAUAAGUCAGGGGAGCAGAGAGGAGGGAGAGAGGGGAGCGCACCGCUACAGGGUGGCGGCCAAAAUCAGGCGGUCAGCGAGUCCACCGAUCGCACCACAGACUGGGUCUUCCAGCAGAAGAGUGGAAAUGGUCAGCCUGCUCACAUGGAGGCUUCUCCAGCCGCUCACACCAGUGGACCGCACCACGGCCCUUGGCGCACAGCCGACAAGAUCCUCGGCAAACUCCACCUCAUUUCCUCCAAGAUCCGAGGCAUGGCCAACAAGACUACUGGCAGGCUGACUGCAGAGGUGGACAGCGAGGAGUUAUCCUGGGUGCAGUCAAAUGUUGAUGAGGUCAUCACUUUGCUGCAGCAAUCCCCUGGUCUACCUUCCAUCCCUGAGCAGAGUGUGUCCCUGUUGGCCGGAGGUUCCUCCAGCUCCUCCAACUCCCUGACGGAACGGCUGCUGAGGCAGAAUGCUGAGCUGACAGGUUUCGUCAGCCGUCUGACCGAAGAGAAGAACGAUCUGAGGAACCACACGCUCCGUCUGGAAGAAGAGCUCCGCCGCUACCGGCAGGCUGGACUGGGACCAGACGACAGUUUCAGCCGGAGAGGAGGUUCGAAGUCGGACUCUGCCGGUCUGAUACUCUCUCAGGAGCAGGAGGCUUGGACGAAAGAGAAGCUCUGCCUGGAGAAAGCUUUGCUUCUGGCUCAGGCCCAGGUGGCCCGACUCCGGGGGGAGAUGAGGAGCGACGCCCUGCGGGAGAUCACUGGACCCGAGGCUGACAAUGCAGCACUGAAGAGGAUGUAUGGGAAGUACUUGAGGUCAGAAAGCUUCCGCAAGGCGCUGAUCUACCAGAAGAAGUAUCUGCUGUUACUGCUGGGCGGCUUCCAGGAGUGUGAGGAGGCCACUCUCUCACUGCUCUCCAGGAUGGGCGGCCGGCCAGCACUCCCCAACCUUGACUCCCACAGCCAGCGGCGCAGGGGAUUGAUGCGCUUCCGCUCCGCUGUCCGAGUCUCCAUCGCUCUCUCCAGAAUGCGUUUCCUGGUAAAGCGAUGGCACAGGGCGACGGGGAUAAACUCCACUACGUCCUCCAGUGUCAACAAGAACGGAACAGGACAGAUAUUAGGUACAGAAGUGAGAGACUCGCCGUAUCUUCACCCAGGCAGUGUGGAGAUGUACAGAGAACGAGGAAGUGGAGGAGGAAGUGGAGGAGGAAGUGGAGGAGGAGGAGUCUCCUGCGGCAGGGGGCGAAGUGGACGUGAAUCACCCAGAUCAGCUGUCUCCUCCACACAGCACAGGUUUCACGUGGCGGGAGACCAGGGAGCGCUCACCUGUUCCCACCUGCAGAGCUACGACCCCGACCGAGCGCUCACUGACUACAUCUCCAGACUGGAGGCGCUGCAGAGGAGGCUGGGGAGUGUGACAUCAGGUGCUUCUUCAUAUGCUCAAUUGCACUUUGGCUUGAGAAGAUAGACGCUGUCAACUUUGGCUUGAAGAAACUCAGUUGCCUUUUCUCGUGCUGAGCGCUCUGCUGUUUUUCUAUCAUUCUGGUGUGGACUGUAUCUUUCCAUGUGGACCAAAACACAUUUUUUUAUUAGUGUACGACAUGUUAUGUAUUCAGGCUUUUUGUCGCCGGCACUUGAAAAACAGCUAUGUUUGUAAUAAAUCUGCCUCUUUGUUGUGGAUGAGCUUAAAUCAUGUAUAUUUGUCUAAUGCUAAUUUAAGAUCUCUUGAUUAAUUUAUAUGUUUGUGUUGUAUGGGUGGAGCGUUAUGUAAAGAAUGUUUGGGUUUAUCGUUAAGGAGGCUGCUACUGGAUAUCCUACACUACACUGUGUUUUGUUUAGGCCAGGAGGACUACAGAGGACAUUUGUAGAGAACGUAUUUUUGUAAAGCGUAGGAGCUUUGAAUUUUUGGGUAUUUUGUCAAAAACUGAAAUAAAGAGGAAUACAUUAUUUGAAAA